AGUAAUUAAGGAGAGAAGUCCACAUUCCACAAGCCCAGCUGGAGACGAAGGUGGGUCGUCUCUGAUAAAAAGGCAAAGUAUGCGGCUUAAGCUUCGUUAGAAACCCUAAUUUCUCUUCCUUCGCACCUUGCUAGCUGCUGUAAGGGUUUCAGAAGCUGCCACAGGAAAUGGCUCCUAAGCAGCCAAGUUCGGGUAUGUUCGUCGGAAUGAACAAAGGUCACAUUGUCACCAAGAAGGAGUUGCCUCCACGUCCCAGGGAUCGCAAAGGGAAAACAAGCAAGAGGGUGCACUUUGUAAGGAACCUAAUCCGUGAGGUUGCUGGUUUUGCACCUUAUGAGAAGCGUAUUACUGAGUUGCUCAAGGUUGGAAAGGAUAAGAGGGCGCUCAAAGUUGCUAAGAGAAAGCUUGGAACCCACAAGCGUGCUAAGAAGAAGAGAGAGGAGAUGUCCACCGUUCUCCGCAAGAUGAGGGCUGGUGGAGGUGGAGAGAAGAAGAAAUGAGUUUUAUUUACUUUAUUCUGUUUUUACAGGAAGAGGAUCAAUGUUUUGGUCAUUUUAGCUUUGUUUUUUGUUUAAUUUGUUUAGUUCAAGUUGUCACUCUUUUGACAUAUGUUUUGUUUAAACUGAGACAUCAUUAUGGAAAGUAAGAUCGCCUUAGUUUGUGUUCUACUGCCAAUUUGUGCGGAACGACUGAUGUCAAGUGUCACAAUAGCUUGUCAAUCAUAUGUGUAUGUUAGUUCACAACACCCAUCGAAUUAUCUUCAUGGGAUUGGAAAAUUGCAAUUUUAAUGAGAUAAUCCGGUUUUGUUCUUAA